CCCCCAAAUGUCAGGACGGUACAGAUAUCCCCCCAAAUGUCAGGACAGGACAGAUAUCCCCCAAAUGUCAGGACGGUACAGAUAUCCCCCAAAUGUCAGGACGGUACAGAUAUCCCCCAAAAUGUCAGGACGGUACAGAUAUCCCCCAAAUGUCAGAACGGUAACAGAUAUCCCCCAAAUGUCAGAACGGACAGAUAUCCCCCAAAUGACCCUUUUAUUGCAGACAGUAGACAGUCCGACGUACUUCAUAAGCGGCAUGGCGAGUUUUUGGAAGUUGUAUUUUGUCAUA